AUGGGUGGUUGUUGCUUCUCGACGCCUCUUGAUAACAAUCAACAACCUCCACAACAGCCACAGAUUCCUCCCGGCGAACGCAAGAACGACGGAUUCGUCAACUGGCCUGUCACAGAGUUCUUCCUCUCCGAUAUCACCACGGCGACCAAUAACUUCAGUUCCGACGAGAUCAUAUCAGAGAACGCAGAAGAAUCUUCCAAUGUUGUCUACAAAGGUUGUUUAUUAGAGAAUCUUGGCUUCGUAGCUGUCAAGAGAUUCAAGAAUACGCCUUGGGAUGAUCCUGACUACUUCACGGAAGACGCAAAAACAGCUGGGGAGCUAAAGCACAAGAGACUUGUCAAGUUGUUGGGAUAUUGCUGCGAGGAAGAUGAAGGACUUCUUGUUGCAGAGUUUAUGCCAAAUGAUACUCUUGCUAAGCGUUUAUUCCAGGAGAAGAACAUGGAAUGGUCAAUGAGGUUGCGAGUGGCGUAUCAUAUAGUUGAAGCAUUGGAUUAUUGCAAUUCUGUACGUUUUGACGAGUACGAUAAUCUAAGUGCUUACACUGUUCUGUUUGAUAAGGAUGGUGAUGCCUGUCUUUCUAGUUUCGGCUUGGUGAAAGAGAUCAUCCGUUACAAUCGAAGAGAAGGAGGGAACGUGAGGACUGGGAAUGUGACAUACAGAUUUGGUACUAUCCUUGUGAAUCUGCUAACUGGAUUGCAAAUUUCUCCGAGCCAUGCUCCUGAGAUGAUCAAUGGAAAGGAUGUCACUGAGCUCAUGGAUCCAAAUCUGAAGGGAAAGUUCUCUACAGAAGAAGCUACUAUAGUUUUAAAACUCGCCUCUGAAUGUUUGCAGUGGAAGGGUUAUAUAGAGAAUGGCAUCACUAAAAAGCUUGUUGCAACACUUAAAGCCUUGCAGGCUAAAAAAGAAAUUUCAUCUUCUGAAAUGCAUGAAGUAACAAAGCAGCACGAUGUGGCAUCAUCUUCGAGUCAACAACAACUUCCACCCUGA